UCAAUCAGUAGAUCCACGAUUCUCAUUCAAACAAUUGCGGUAAAGCAAUUCGCAACAAACAUAAUCAUAUUAUGUUAUCAAAUCUAGUAAACAGAACGCAAAUUGUUUUGGAAUCGAGAACUUUUUGCAGGUUCUACUCAGCUACUGUCGUUAAUCCAAAGACCAAUUCCUUGUCACUGGACCCCUCGUACACCAGUAUUUUGCAAGAGGAAUGGCAGCAAGCGAAAUCCUUCAAAUCCAUACCAGGUCCAAAAAAAUUUCAACUGAUACGUGAUUUUAUGUCUGGUGGAGAUUUCCAUGGUAAAACUUUUGACUCGGUUCUGCGGAUGUGUCGUCAACGUUACGGAGAUGUGUAUUUAAUGCCCGGUAUGUUUGGUAAACAAACAAAUUUGAUUACCUUCAAUUUGGCGGAUCAUGAGAAAAUAUUUCGCACCGAAGGACCACAUCCUCUGAGACCGGGUAAUGAAAUUAUUUUCGAUUAUCGUUUGCAGCGUAAGAACGAUGGUCUCUACGAUGCCGAGAAUUUAGGUGUGGCGGGGAAUGGCGCCCAAUGGGGAAGAUUCCGUCAUGCCGUUAAUCCUGUUUUAAUGCAGCCAAGGAAUACUGUGCUCUAUAUAGAACCCACACAAAAGGUUAAUAAUGAUUUUAUUGAGAGAAUCCGUGAAAUACGCCAUCCAACUACCCUUGAAGUACCUGAGGAUUUUCUCAGAGAGAUAAAACGCCUUGCUUUCGAAUCCGUGGCCGUAAUUGCCUUGGAUAAGGAAUUGGGUUUAGUGAGAAAUAAAAACGCUGUACCGGAAGCUCAAGAACUCUUCAAUAAUCUCCAGACAUUCAACGCCUCCCUCUAUGAUCUGGGUAUAAAACCAUCUAUCCAUAGAUAUAUUAAAACGCCCACCUAUAAGAAGUUUGAAAAAUCCAUGGAUACCAUAACGGACAUCUGUCGAAGACAUGUGGAGGAGACAUUGCAACGGAUUGAAGGUCGUGGGGCAGACGAUGGAAAAAGUGUCUUGGAAAAACUAGUGAAAAUUGAUCGUAAAAUUGCCACCAUUAUGGCUGUGGAUAUGUUAAUGUUCGGAGUGGAUCCAACCUCCUCAAUUAUGUCGGCGGCCCUGCUUUGCAUUGCCACAAAUCCGGAGAAGCAGGAAAGGCUGAGAAAAGAAAUACUCACAGCCAUUGGACGCAAUGAGGCAUUUUCCAUGGAAAAUAUGAAAAACUUACCCUACUUGAGGGCCUGCAUCAAGGAGUCGAUGCGACUUUAUCCCCUGAUUUUUGGUAACAUGCGUACCACAGCCAUGGAUUUGUGUCUAAGUGGUUACCAAGUGCCCAAGGGUACUCAUGUCUUCCUAACCUCAAAUAUGCUCUUGAAGGAAGAAUGCUAUUUUCCUCAAGCCAAUGAAUUCAUACCGGAACGAUGGUUGCGUAUGAAGGAUAUGGAUAAUCUUAAGAUCAGCAAUCCAUUUGUGUUUUUACCAUUUGGCUUCGGACCCCGCUCAUGUGUGGGAAAACGUAUUGUCGAGCUGCAGUUGGAGAUUACAUUGGCCAAUAUUGUGCGGAAUUUUAAAGUGGAGUAUAACUAUCCGACUGAGAAUGCUUUUAAGAAUUAUUUCAUGAAUACCUGUGUUAUACCGUUGAAGUUUAAGUUGACGGAUUUACCUUAAAUGGGGUUUAAAUAAAAGUCGCAUUGCCUAAAAAUAUGCAAUGGAAAUUAAUUUAAAGAA